GCCUGUAAGCAUUAUCUCCUCUUCCAAUAGUUUCCAUAUACCCAAACUCCCCUCCCCCACACCACAAUUUCUCAAAAUUGCAACUCCAGCACAGGAAGCUUUCAAUCUCCUUUACCCAAUUUUCGUUACCAUGGAAAAUCAGGCUUUCUUCAAUCCAACUCUCCCUUCCUUUUUCUCCAUCUUUCUCACCGUUUAUUUCCUCGGUUAUUUCAUUGUUUUCCGAAAUUGGAACCCAAAGCACCGCGCCGAAGCCACCAGCUGCUUCAUGUCUCUGUUCCACGGCACCCCUGCAGCUGUACUGGCCACCACCGCCAUAAUCCAAACCCAAUCCUCUUCUUUCGCUUCUCCAAAUUCUCCCUUCCAAAACACCGUACUGGAUUACAGCAUCGCUUACUUCUUCAUGGACCUUCUCCACUACCUUCUCCUCAUCCCCUCCGACGUUCUCUUCAUCCUCCACCAUCUCGCCACGCUCUACGUCUUCCUCACCUGUCGUUUCGUGGUUCAACACGGAGCCUUUGCGCUUCUCGGACUGCUCGUUCUCGCCGAGAUCACCAGUCCUUGUCAGAACGUGUGGAGCCUCGCUGGAUUCCGACGGCAGGAAGUUCCGGCGGCUGGGAAGCUGUAUGAGUCUUUGUCUCCGCCGUUCUUCACGUUUUACUCCUUUGUUAGAGGGAUUCUGGGUCCUCUGUUUGUCUACAAGAUGGGAAGGUUCUACGGAAGUGGGCUAGCUAAUGGGCUGAUUCCAGUAUGGGCUUGGGUUUCUUGGAUGGUUGUGAUUGUGGCAGCAAUCUUGGUUAGCAUUUUGUGGGUUUGGAAUCACUGGGUUCAUUGGUAUAAAAGAAGAAAUUAUAAAGCUCCCAAGAAAGUCAUGUAGCAUGGCAUUUCUAGGAAAUCUCAGAGUUCCACACUUCUAGUGUAUAAUCAUACUCCGGGAUUGGGUUGUAUAUAUAUGGAAAAUGCUAUCAUUACAAUAUCACAUGAUAUUGUGAGUUUACCUUCAUUUAAAAAUCACCUGUCAUAUUUUAUACAUUUAUUUAUUUGUUUUAAAUCAAGUUGAUAUUAUAAA